UCACAGAGAAAAGACAUGCCCACUGCUUUCUCCUUGAAAUAUCCCGAACAGCAAGAAGAGCCUCUUUACCUUCUUCCAUGAUCAGUCCCUAAUUCUAUGACACGCCCUCCCCCCACUCUCUCAUGGAGAAAACUUACCUAGAGAUGGACUUGGAGGAGUGGGAGUUCCUCCCUGACGACAAGAGUUUCCUGGACUCCGGCCAUGGCAGCAAGAAGGAUGUGUUGCUCAAGGAGAUCAUAGUGGAUAUGAACUACUUCAUCUGCCCUUCACACCCCAUAACUUCCAAAGAAGGUCUGCUUCCGGUUAUCUCCGUGGGGAAGAGCUCAGACGAUGCUGUGGUCGCACCGGUGAUCCAAGCGAACCAACCCGAUGUGGUGUCUCAGGUCUUCUUCAAGAAAUUGAAGGAGAACGAAUUCGUCGACAUGAAAAUGGACUCUCCCAAGUCCAACACCAGGGGCGCCAUCAUGUUUCAUGCGGAACCCGAGCAUGUGCAGCUCGAGGAAAACGAGGAAGAGGAGAUGGAGAAAGAGAAGGAUCGCACAGGGCCCGAGAUCAAAGGUAAGGCUUGUCGGGAUGGCUUUGGGUUUACCAUAUGCAACUGGAGAGUAGCAGGUAUUGGGGCCUUCUGCUCCAUGGGAGCAGCUGCUGCUGCUACCAUCUGCAUCUUCAUCUUCGGCGGCCGGCAGCAGCAGCGGAACCACAAGAUCCAGUUCAAGUUCUACACGGAUGAUAAGAGGGUGAAGCAGGUGCUGCAGCAGACGACCAGGCUGAAGCAGGCGCUGUCAGCUGCGAGGGCAGCUCCCAUGACGAGGGCUCACAUCACGUUCGGAGGAUGCUACACUAGCGUUUGAUCCAUCACUCCACGAAAGACUCGAGGAAUCAGCACCGCCAGAUAUGAUGGAGGAGGAACAGUGCAAAUGCAAUCAGCGAUGUACACAUAGUAGAGGAUAUUAAUUGCAGAAAUCUUACCUGUGUUGUCUUUACAUAUGCUAAUAUAUACUAUCGAUCAAUUGCAACAAAGAGAAAACAGGGUUUCAUGGAA